UCACUUCCUGUUUUCAGUUGUCUUGUCUGCUAGUGCACGUGUACGAAGCAUUGUUGCUUUCUUAAAGUUAUUUUACUUAUAAACAAUUUAUUACUGAGAAGUAUACUUUUCCACUAUAAAAAAAUGGAUUUAGAUCAAUCUGGAAAAGAUGUUGAAGAUAUGGAUACAACGGAGGUGAAGGAAAUGAAUUAUGAGGACAAGCUUGGCUUUGUUAAUGCCAUUUCUCAGCCUAUGGCUCCAAAAAAGUUAACGAAAAAGAUCUACAAAUGUAUUAAAAAAGCAUCAAAGCAUAAAACUUUUGUUCGAAACGGACUCAAGGACGUACAGAAAUGCAUUCGAAAAGGAGAGACAGGGAUUGUGGUAUUCGCAGGCGAUGUUUUCCCAAUAGAAAUAAUGUGUCAUUUACCAGUGGUUUGUGAAGAUAAAAAUAUCCCCUAUUGUUAUACGCCAUCGAGGACUGAUAUUGGCUCAGCAAUGGGAGUCAAGAGAGGCAGUCUAAUGGUUCUUAUCAAAGAACAUCCAGAUUAUCAAGAGCUUUACGACGAAAUUAAAAGUGCGAUGGUAACACUUUCUACACCACUUUAGUUUAUAUAGAAUUUAUUUACAUAUCGUUAUCCACUAAAUUUACAUUUAUUUUUAAUGUACAAAAUAACUUACAUUUUAUAAAAAAUACAAAAUAUUUCUAAUAAAA